CGCUCCCUGGGAUCCGCUGUGUCCUUCGAUCACAGCAGAACACUGAUCGCUGUACGGGACAUCUGUGUGAGAUCCCGAUCAUUGAUCAUUGAUUGGCCAAUCAGUGAUCGCAUGAAUAGUAGUAAGCAAGAUGUCACUUGCUGACAUCAUUGCUUACUACUAGUGAAAUCUGUGAAUGAUCACAGAGGUCACAUGGUACAAGGUUAUUCACAGCAGCCUUGUACCAAGUGAGAAGCUGUGACCAAUCACAGCUCUC